AUGUCUGAAGAAAAACAAACUCCACGUAUUCCUCUUCUCACCCCUUACAAGAUGGGUCCUUCACAUCUUUCUCAAGUGGCACAAGCUGAAUCAUCAGAGUUGUUUGGCGCAUUGACUAGACAGAGGUCUCACGGCAAUGUUCCUCAGCCUCAUGCCAUCCUAUAUUACUCUCGAGAACAAACUAAAGGUGGUUUCUCAUCGCAGAAGCCACUGGUAUAUCCAAAUACGCCUGGUAUAUGGACAAAGGAGCAAGUUGAAGCAUGGAAACCAAUUGUGGAUGCUGGUCAUGCUAAAGGUGGGAUCUUCUUUUGUCAGAUUUGGCAUGUGGGAAGGGUUCAAAUAGAGCAACGCAAGGUCAGCAACAGAAUUGAAGAUACUGAGUUCUUACCUUCUCAUUCGGUUUUUAAUGUUUUGUUCCACGUUGACACUCUGAGGGUUGCUGCAAAGAAUGCUAUUGAAGCUGGUAAUUCUUUUUCUAAAACCAAAAUGUAA